AUGAAGCUCGUCAUACUCGCGACUCUACUAGGCCUUUGUAUGGCCACACCAAGUCCAGCUAGUCCCUCCAAGAAAAAAGAGGAAACGCCAGGGAAAUCUCCGGCAAAAAAAACUCCCACCGAUAAAGAACUUCCAGAAUCCUAUAAUGACUGGUUGGGAAUACUACCUCACGAGUUCAUCUCCCUGGAGAAGAGGCGAUCGGAAGCUCUUCGAAAAUGGCAAACGACACAAAUGGGAAAGAAUCCGUUUCUAGACCCAUACUAUGAAGAAUUGAUGAGAAAGGAAGCUAGAACUAAGUUAGAGGGAGAAAUUAAAAAGGUAAAGGAAAAGCCUAUCGAGAACAAAAAGGAGUAUGACGCCAGUAAAGACGGCAAAUUUGACGAGUGGCUUGCCAAGUCCAAGGCUGUUGAAAUGGGUGCCAGAAAAUUGUACGAAGAAGCCAAGGCAAAGGUAGAUGCCAUAACUGAAACAGAGUCAAAAGAAAAGUUCGAAGAGAGACUCAAGAAGAUUCUUAAAAAGGUUGAGGAAAUCACCAAGGAGAUUAAGGAACUUGAAAAGAUUGAGGAAAAGGAGAGUUCUAAGGCAAUUGAAAAGGCACUUGGACACUUUUUAGGUCACUUCCAAACCCGUGCCAUGAUAAAGUCCGACGUUAGUGAACUCAUCCUCGACAUUGCCAGGGAGCAAGGGGACGGUGACCAAGUCCUCAAGAUCCUGGAACAGUUUCUAGUAGCCCUUGAAAGGUCUCCACUGGCUUAG